ACAAUCACAGUCACAGCCUGAAAACAGUAGAAGACAGAAAUUCAAAACCCCUCAACGCCCGAAAACUACAUUUCUCAUAUAUUUCCGGUUUCAUAAAAAAUAUCGCCAGUUAUGGACUAACUGAAAGUCUCCAUCUCUUCUCCUUUGUCUUCUAUAUAUUCUUCCGUAAUCAUCGCCGGCGACGAUUCCUGUUCGCAAUGGCCUCGCUCUCCGGCCUUUGCUCCUCUUCCCCUUCUCUAAAGCCCAAAACCCCUCUUCUUAAAACCACGCUUAAUCCACAGCUCAUCAAAACCUCACUCUCGUCUCCAACUCGGUCGUCUCGGCUUGUUCAAACUCAGGCCGUAGCUCGCGAGAUCUCGUCCAAUUUGUCGAAGACAAACGAUAAGUUGCUAACCAAGCCGAAGCAAGGAUUGGAGAAAGAUCCUAGCAGUCUAUGGAGGAGAUACGUGGACUGGUUGUACCAGCACAAGGAGUUAGGGCUCUAUUUGGAUGUAAGUCGGGUCGGGUUCACGGACGAGUUUGUGGCGGAGAUGGAGCCCCGACUACAGAAGGCGUUUACGGAUAUGGAGGAGUUGGAGAAGGGCGCUAUUGCGAAUCCUGAUGAAGGGAGGAUGGUUGGGCAUUAUUGGUUAAGGAAUUCGAGUCUCGCGCCUAAUACUUUUCUAAAAACGCAGAUUGACUUGACGCUCGACGCCGUUUGCAAGUUCGCUGAUGAAAUCGUCAGUGGUAAGAUUCGGCCGCCAUCUCCUCCAGAAGGUCGUUUUACUCAAAUACUCUCUGUUGGGAUCGGAGGUUCAGCUCUUGGACCACAAUUUGUUGCUGAGGCUCUGGCUCCUGAUAAUCCUCCUCUGAAGAUAAGAUUCAUCGAUAACACGGAUCCAGCUGGAAUUGAUCAUCAGAUUGCUCAGCUUGGCCCUGAGCUGGCUUCUACUCUUGUCAUUGUGAUUUCAAAGAGUGGAGGUACCCCUGAAACUAGAAAUGGUUUGUUGGAAGUACAGAAGGCCUUUCGUGAAGCUGGCCUGAAUUUUGCAAAACAGGGUGUUGCUGUAACACAAGAAAAUUCAUUACUAGACAACACUGCAAGAAUUGAGGGUUGGUUAGCUAGAUUCCCUAUGUUUGAUUGGGUUGGUGGUAGGACAUCUGAAAUGUCGGCAGUUGGAUUACUUCCUGCUGCACUUCAGGGGAUCAACAUUAGAGAAAUGCUUGCUGGUGCAUCAUUGAUGGAUGAAGCAAAUAGAACUAGAGUGAUUAGGGAUAACCCUGCAGCUUUGCUAGCUCUAUGCUGGUACUGGGCCACUGAUGGGGUAGGAUCCAAGGACAUGGUUGUCCUUCCAUACAAAGACAGCCUAUUACUAUUUAGUAGGUAUUUGCAGCAGCUGGUCAUGGAAUCCCUUGGCAAGGAGUUUGACCUGGAUGGCAAUCGGGUUAAUCAAGGAAUCACAGUCUAUGGAAAUAAAGGGAGUACAGAUCAACAUGCUUAUAUUCAACAACUGAGAGAGGGUGUGCACAAUUUCUUUGUGACUUUCAUUGAAGUGCUACGUGAUAGACCCCCUGGUCAUGAUUGGGAGCUUGAACCAGGUGUCACAUGUGGUGACUACCUAUUUGGAAUGCUACAGGGCACCCGGUCGGCGCUGUAUGGUAAUGACAGGGAGUCCAUAACAGUUACUGUGCAAGAAGUGACACCAAGGACCGUGGGGGCUCUUGUUGCACUUUAUGAACGAGCAGUUGGGAUAUAUGCCUCACUAGUUAAUAUCAAUGCUUAUCAUCAACCUGGUGUGGAAGCUGGGAAAAAGGCAGCAGGGGAAGUUUUAGCCCUUCAGAAGCGGGUUUUGGCAGUACUUAAUGAGGCAAGCUGUAAAGAGCCUGUUGAACCAUUGACACUUCAAGAAGUAGCUGAACGUUGCCAUGCAGAAGAAGAUGUUGAAAUGAUAUACAAGAUUAUUGCACACAUGGCCGCCAAUGACAGAGCAAUUAUAGCUGAAGGUAGUUGUGGUUCACCGCUCAGUAUCAAAGUUUUCCUUGGGGAGUGUAAUGUGGAUGCGUUGUAUGAUUGAAUUCAAACAAAUGACAAUCAUGAUGAUGCAUGUUUUUUUUUUCUGUUACACAAAAGAAGCUCCAAUAAUUGAUUGACUCUGACCUUGUUGUAUUACAUGGAUAUACACUGGAAAUAAAUUUCCAUUGUCUGUCACUCGAGUUGUCUUGAAAUAAACUUUUUGUUCAUAAAAAUUCAUCUGUAAUUUGUUGGAUGUGAAAGCGAGAAUGGAAAGUAUCAUCAAGGAUCAUCAUAUUACUCUUA